AUGUCAGAGUUCCCAACCCCCGACAGCACAUCUGCGGGAACAUUAAAAGCGGCGUGGAGCACACACCGGGUCGCUGUCUUUGUGGAGGAGGCGCAGGAAAGCGGCAGUUCCGCCGGUGGGCGGCUCCUGAGGGGCACCGCAGCCGGCGGGCGGAGGGGGGCGGCGUCCGGGCGGGGCGGCCGGCUGGGGCGGGGGACGGAGCACUUCCGUGAGCCGCUUCGCUUGGAGGACCCGGGAGAUGUGUCCUUGGCGGUGCCCGACUUAAAGGAGGUGUGGGGGCGCUGGGUAUCCUCGCGGCAUCUAGCCCGCGGCGGCCGCCGGGGGUUCUGUGCUGUAGGGAAGACCGCGCGCGUGUUCCGAUCCCUAAAAAGUCCGAGGCUGCGGCGGAUAGUCACAGAGCGGUCCCCAGCCGGCGCCGCGUCCUUACUGCGCACGCGCGACGCCGCCGGAGCCCGCGGGGACCCCCUCGGAGACCCCCUCGGAGACCCCCUCGGGGGUGUGGCGCCACUAGGAAGGGUUUGUCGCUGUUUUGCGCGUGCGCGCGCCCGAGCGCCGGAGCUGCAUGAGGUCUGGGGCCGGGCGUGUCUCAUCGGCUGGUGGCGGCGCCAGGGCCCCUGGUCGUGCUCUGGAGAUGCGGCGGUGGCCCGGGAGGCGGCAGGACGGCCAGGACAGGCGCGAGGGCCCUGGGAACAGCCCGGCAGUGCCUCCAGGGGAUUGCAUUCAGCCGCUGGCUCUUCUGGGGAAGACAGACAUCAUUUUCUCAGUGGCUAUGUUCAAAACCACCCAAAGGAACUGGUGAGCCAAAGGAAUGCUGGACCUGGAGCAGAUGGAGGCAAGAGAGGGGAAAGCAGAGAGACUUUGCCUGGUAGAGACAGAUACAGAAGAGGGAGUUCCCUUGGGAUGACAAAGGUGUCCACAAUCUGGCUGCUUUGGGGGCAGGUGGACUGGCCGGAAGUCGUUAACAGUUGGUGUGUGUGUCAUCCAUCCCUGGCACUGGGAUGGCAUCUGAGAAGAAUGCCUCUCCUGGUUUCACUACCCAAUAGCAACCCGUGUGAAGGUGAUCAUUUACCAUGUUGCAGCACCGUUGACACCUUUGAGCAGAACCUGGAUACUGUUCACUGGGAGCUGGGCAUCGUUCCCCCCAAGCAGGCAUCAAUGGUCUACACCACUGAGAGCGACAGGCCCCCCCAUCAUCACAGGCAGGUCCACUAUCUUCACGGUCUACCUGCACCCACUGAAGCUGGAUGAGAGCCUCUGUAAGGACACCUGGGCAAGAAAGCUCACGGCACUCCCUUUGGGCUUCACGGGGGCCCAGGAUGACUUGAGGAAGGUCGCCCAGAGCGCCUAUUCCCAGGUAAAGGGCAGCCAUCCUAGUGGGGGGCUCUGCAUGGCUUACCCCCAGCUCCCUACUUCCCGAUUGUGCAGUUUGGGAUCAGCAAAAAGCUGGGCCAGGUGUCCUUUGACUUCCCCCAACAAGACGAGAUGAUGGUGGAGAAGCCAUACAUUGAAGCCACUGCCCAGCUCAUUGAUAAGGAGGUACAGCACUUCAUCAGCCCUGCCUCUGAGUAGACACUGGACCUGCUGACCUGGUGCUGAGAGCAGGUGGACAAGCUCACCGCCUGCCUCCCAGAGUCACGAGAGUCACUCCAGUAGAGAAGUGUCAGCCACUGUCUUCGGGCUGAGCUCACCCUGUCAUGAAGUCUGCACUAAACCUAGCCUUUGUUAGCUGAGCUGCUUGGGGACUGGCCAGGGUCCUGUCUUUGAGGCUCCCUCUGCCGGAGAUGGUACAGCCAAGGCCCACAGAACCAGAGCUGUAAGGUCUCAGCAGCAGCAGCAGCACCCACCUCCACACGCCUGUCGGUGUGUUUGAACAGGAUAUGGACCCCACCCUCCAUUUCCCAGGGUGCUCCUGGUCUCUGUGGAGCAUGUGCCGGGCAGAUCAGCUGUACUUACGCCUUCUCUCUGUGACCUGUAGGAGCCCCGGGGCUGGUAUUGGGAUGCCAACCUCUUCCUCGGCUGCGGGCGAGUGGCAGCUGUCCCCUGUCCCAUGGGCCACGGUGCCCAGGGCUGCCUGUGGCACCUCAACCUCCUUAACUAUUUCUGCAACAAAGACAGAAGGUGUUACCUGGGAGGAGAGAGUUGAGAGCAGGAGGUCCUGUGGGCAAUCUGCUUGGUAGAGACUGGCACUCAGAGAUGGGACCCCUCCCCCUUCUAGCACCAACCCCAACCCUUGUUGUUUGGGCCAACAUCUUGUCCUCUUAGCUCACAUCGCUCCAUCCAAAUCUAUCAGUUCCUCCAGAAUGUUUCAGAUCCCUUGGUUCCCUCAGUGUCCCCAUUGGGCAACCAGUGUUGACAGCUGCUUGCUAGGGGUGGGUUUCUCCUCAACAGUGCAGUCAGCAGCCAGGAUACCAGCCAGGUCCUGUGUCUAAAGAGUCUCCAGCUCAGGGGGAUAAUAAACCAUCCAUUCACAGCUGUAGAGCUGGCUAGGCAGCAUCUGGCCUCCUCUAGGAGGGUACCACCUUCCCUGGGAGGUGUGGCUAAGGGAAGAUGGGCCUGGGGACCCGCCCAUGCUAUGUCAUCACGUGGGGUUUGGGGCUGACCAGGUUGGAUGGGGGCUCAGACAAUCUGGUUUCCACCUCUCUGAUGCAUUUGGAAUGGGGCUUCUGAGUAUCCUUGGAGGGUAGAGUUACACCCACUAGUGUCCUGGCCCGCCCAGCCCAGCAAAGAUACCUUUCCACCCAAAGGGCAUGAGAGAUGUAAUUCAGAACUUGCUCUGACCUGGGGUGAGGAGGGACGCCUGCCUUGAGCUUCUGACCAACUGUCUGAGAAUACCUGUCAAGAGUCGUCAAGGAGCUUUUCCUCUGUGGGACACUGCUUUGUUUCCUUGAGUGGGGAAGUACAGCACCCUGGUCCCUCUGAGGGUGUAUGAUGGGCUCAUAUCACGCUGGCCUAUGCUGUCCUAAUUCUGAGACCCUUCCAUACACAUGGCUCGUGGUGAUAGGUGAAGCAGGGGGACAGUGGUAGGGGAUGCAUAUCAUCAGGACUUUGGCUGCUACUCUGAGUGAGCUGGGAGAAGGUGCUGAAGGAUUUUAAGCUGAAUAGGACAAUAUCUAUUUCCAUUUUUUUAUGAGAUGCAGGUUAGGUGGAAGUUCAUUGUUGAGACAGUACAGGUUGAGGGACAAGCAUCAUUAUAGAUGUUGGGGUCCAGGGGUCUCAGACAGACUAGCCUGUUGGACUAACUAUAAGAAGCACAUUUUGACAAAUGUCAACAUCCUUGAAAGAGCAAAGGAUCUACUGCCAAUGGCAUCAUAGAGUCAACAGAAUAUAGGAGCCCUGAGUGUUUGAAGUCACCGGGUGUUUAGUCUUUUAUUCCUUUCCAUCUCACUUGGCAGUGGUCUAUACUCUGUAAACUGUGGGUCCCUGGUCUGUGUCAGAGCUACAGGGUGGAGAGAAAAAGCCGAAGAUGGAAUUUUUGUUUUCAAGGACACCAAUCUUUUGUCUGGAAGAAUGUGAUAAGGAUUAAGAGUCACAUGCCAGGGCAGAAGAUGCCAGGGACAGAGGAGGUUCUGAGCCCCCAGGGAGGAGCAUGGAUUGAUGUUGGCAUGUAAAGCCAUUGUAGAAGAUGGCUUAGUGGUUCCUCCAUUACUACAUGUAGAGAGUCACCACACAACCCAGCAGUUCCACUCCUAUGCUUACACCAGGAGAACUGAAAGCACCGAUCCACACACACAAUUUGCAUGUGAAUGUUCAUUGAAGUAUUAUUCACAGUAGUCAAAAGUGGAAUUAAAGCCAAAUGUCCAUGAACGGAUGAUGGAUAAACAAAAUGUGGUCCUUCCACACAAAGGGAUAUUAUUCAGCCAUAAGAAAAGAAAGCACUAAUACAGGCUGCACCAUGCUUUGAAAACAUGGUAACUGCAAGAAGCCAGUCACAAAAGGCCAUGUAUUAUAAUAUUUAUAUAAAAUGUCCAGAAUGGGCAAAUCCAUAGAGUAGAAAAGUAGAUUAGAAAAGACAUAGACAAAAAAAAAAAAAAAAGAAAAGAAAAGACAUAGACAGUAGAUAGACCAUGGUUUCCAAGAGCUGGGGUAUGUGUGGAAUAGGGGAUGACUAAUGUGUAUGGGGUUGCUUUUCAGAUUAAUGAAAAUAUUCUAAAAGUAGAGGUGGUUUCACAAUUUUGAAAAUAUACUAAAAACACUGAACUGUGUGCUUUAAAGUGAUUUUUAUGAUAAAUCCAAAAUGGAAACAAAGAUUGAAUUUGGAUGGAAUUAAAGAGCAAAUCCAAAAAAAUAGAAAUAAAAAAAUAAAGAGCAAAUCCAAGAGAACUUACGACCUCAACUAGCAUUUGCUGUGCACCUACUAUGUGCCAAGCACCAGGCUUAAAGGCUGGGGGUGGGCAAGAGGAGUAUGAUCUCUAGGACCUAGGCUGGGUCCUGGCACACAGUAGGUACACCAUAAAUGUUUGCUGAAUGAACAAGCCCAAGACCGCAUCCCAUAGUUUCUAAGUAGCUGUCCAUGGAUGAGACCCACAGCUCUUCCUGGGGUGUGAGACGGGUGAUCACAGAGGCAGGCAUGGGGUGGGGGUACUUGGUGUCAGGCUGAGCAGUAGCUUGGUGGGCUUAGGGGCACCUGAGGCCAGUGUGUGGGGUAGCAACACCGUGAUUCUCAGCUCACUGCAGCCCCCAUCAAGCCCCUGCAGGGGGCACUGCUGCCCUGACCUGUGCAGGUAGCAAAAUAGUGCCCCGUGGUGACUGCGGUUGGGUUACCACAGUUCUGCCCCCAGCACUGAUGGCUGACGUAAGUGGAUAUGAUAGGGUUACCUUGUGCUAGGCUGCUGACCUAUUUUCUGGCACAUUUGUGUGAGAACUUGGCCCAAAUCUUGAGUUCCCUGCUGUGUGUCCUGGGCCUUGCCCUGAGCAUUGAGGAGAUGCUCUGAAUGAACAGAUGAACAAAUUCAUGAAGCAAAUAAAUGAUUAUCACAUA